UGCGCAGCUGGUUUCUAUUGCCCACCGGGUGCCAGCCAUAUGGAGCCCUGUCCUCUGGGCACAUUUGGCUCAUUAGAAGGAGCAGCAUCUGUAGUGGUGUGUCAGUUGUGCACACCAGGACAUUACUGUGCAGAACCAGGGCUGAGUUCACCCUCUGGGCCCUGUAGUCCUGGAUACUACUGUAUUCAAGGAUCACACACCCCUAUGCCUCAGUACUACAACAACACAGAUGGUGAAGAUCCUGGGGCUUGUACAGUGGAGGAUGUUCGUUCUCAGAUUCAGUUCAUUGGGGAUCUCUGUCCUGCAGGGCACUACUGCCCGAUUGGCAGCGCACGACCAGAAGCCUGCCCACCAGGUUCAUUCCUGGGCCAGCGUGGUGGUGUGUCUGAGACAGAGUGUCAUCCAUGUACCCCUGGAUUCUACUGUCCAGACUGGGGUCAGAGCUCUGCAGAGCUCCGCUGUCCUGAGGGCAGCUUCUGUCCGGCAGGUUCUGUAACAGGACAUCAACCUGACCGUCAGUGUCCGUCUGGUCACGCAUGUCCAUAUGGCAGUGUCAAGCCUGCCAUCUGUUCGCCUGGUACUUAUCAGCCUCUGCCAUCCCAGCCUUCCUAUCAACCAUGCCCACCAGGUUUCUACUGUAUGGAGGGUUGCACCACCCCGCUUCCCUGCCCUCCGGGCACUGUGAAUAUAAUUGAGGGGUUGCAAUCACAGCUGGAUUGCUCUCCAUGUCCUCCUGGAUUCUACUGCAACACCAGCGCACUAAUCAUCCCCUCUGGACCCUGCUCCGCAGGUCAGUGUCACAGAGAUGACCAUUACAAUCUGUUCUGGUGGUGUAUCUCUUAA